GGCUCCCACUUUCCAUGGAUAAAGGAUCCCGGACCUCUCGUUGCUGACCUCAAGCCUUAAUGUGGGGGCGGGAAGGAGGGCGGACCUGCUGGUGUCAAAGGUCACGCUUCAAACUCUUCAAUCUUGAACAAGGGUCAAAUAUCCACACUGCUCUUGUCGCCCCACGGUCUGACCUUGACGGCAGAGACCGCCUGUUGUGGUUCCGGAAAAGUGGUGCUCCGUUGGGAAACUGACUCAGGACUUCCUGGUCCAGCAAAAGGACGAGAAAGUUCUGAGGAGCUUCGGCGGACGCUGGGUCGCCAGUUCAGGAGCACCCGCGACUCUUAAGUGACCUUCGGACGGUCAGCUCUGGGGAGAAGUGUGGCAGAAACUUACCCAACUCAAAGACAUGCACUUCCGCCUUCCUCAGCCACGUGACCUCUGCUUCCGCUCAUCAUUCAUCCUUCUUCGCUCUCAUCCUCAGUUGUGCUACAGUGCGUGUUCCACGCGCGACCUCAGGGGUCCCGUCACCGUCGCUCUCACCUGGCACGGUAGCGGAGGUGCGGGGCGUCGUUUCCCGAGCAGCGUGGAGAUGAACUCAGUGGUCUUUGCGGAUGUGGCUGUGAACUUCACUCAGGAAGAGUGGGCUCUGCUGGAUGGUGCUCAGAGGAAGCUCUAUAGAGAAGUGAUGCUGGAGACCUUCAGGAACCUGGCCUCAGUGGCUUCUUGCACUCAAGCCAUCACCAGUGGAUCAAGCCCUGGGUGGGAAACCCUGGAGACUGAAAUAUCCAGUGAAGACAACAUAGUGAGAAUCACAAGAAACAAUUCCUGCUCUGUUUCUGGAGAACACUGGACAUUUCAUGACGCUGGAGACCAGCACCAAACCCAGAGGAGGCGUUUGAGAAGUCACAUGCUGGAGGCUCCCUGUGAGAGGGGUGAAGCUCAUCCAUGCAGAGACACCCUGAACUCGGUCACAGAUCUUCCUGUGGGGGAGGGACACCCGCCCGGAGUUAAACCCCACGAGUGUGCUAAGUGUGGAAAAGCCUGCUCAAGUCAGCCAAGGUCUCCCACUGGAUGCGAACCUCAUCCCUGUGAGGAACGUGGGCAAGCCUGCACGUGUGUCUCAUGUCCAACCCCUCACGUGGAACCAGAGCGUGUGCACAAACCCUGUCACUGUGGGGACACUGGGAGAGCAUCUGAGAGAUACGUGAAGAGCCUCAGUAAUACAAACUCCAUCAGGUGUCAGGAAUGUGGAAAAGCCUUCACUCUCAACUCCUCCUUUCGGGGACAUUUGAGAGGUCACUGUGGACAGAAAAUCCACGUGUGCAAAGUAUGUGGGAAAGCCUUUAUGUUUGGGUGCCACCUUAGACGACAUGCGAGAACUCACACUGGGGAGAAGCCCUAUGAGUGUAAGGAAUGUGGGAAAGGCUUCAGCUGUAACUCCUACCUACGAGAACACAUGAGGACCCACACGGGGGAGAAACCCUAUGUGUGUGAGCACUGUGGGAAAGCCUUCCGAUUUUACUCCUACCUUCGAGAACACAGGAGGACGCACACGGGACACAGACCUUAUGAAUGUCAGCAGUGUGGCAAAGCCUUCCGGCACCUGUCCUCGCUGCAGUCGCACGUGAGGAUGCACACCGGGGAGAAACCCUAUGUGUGCAAGGAGUGUGGGAGGAGUUUCCGUUGUCCCAAGUACUUUAGAAAGCACGUGAAAACGCACAGUGGGAGGAAACGCUAUGAGUGUGAGGAGUGUGGGAAAGCCUUCGAUUACUCCUCGUCCCUUCGGGAGCACGUGAGAACACACAGCGAAGAGAAGCCCUACGAAUGUGUGGAGUGUGGGAAGGCGUUCCGGGGUCCCUCCUCCCUGCAGAGGCACGCGCGGAUGCACACCGGGGAGAAACCCUACGAGUGUCAGAAGUGUGGCGAAGCCUUCCGGCAUCACGCGUCCCUGCGAAGACACGGGAGGACUCACACUGGGUAGAAACUCUGAACAUAGGGACUGUAUUUAGUUUUCCCUAAAGCUCUGUGAGGAAACACUGGAGAGACACCGGAUGAGUGGAAAGUAGGUGGGAAAUUUUUAGAUCUUCACUCAUGUUGUGCAUGAAAACUCAGGGCCGCACAGAAACCUUUUGUUGCAAAUACAGUUUUCCCUGUAAGUGCCUCCCCCUGAAGAGGGGUCCCUGUGUGUUCAUUUCUGGUUUAUGUUACUGAUAGGGGCACUUAAGAUAGAAUUACUCCUCUAUGUCUGCCUCAUCUGUACUACAUACAUUUUGCUAUCUUUGACUUUAAUGAAUUGAAAGUUAUAUAAAA